UGCGCAUGCGGGAAGAUGGCGGGCCGGGCGUCCUGAGCCCCGCGGGUCAUCCUGCUCUCCUCCCGCCCGCGUCCCAGGUCCCGGGGUCGUGGGGCAGCGGCGCGUCCGUCCGCGGGCCGGCCUAGGCAGGCGGCGCCUCGGAGCAGGCCAGGGACCCGGCGGGUGCAGGCUCCCGGGACCCGGCGUCUUGGGGGCGGCGCCCGAGUGGAGCGGGAGAAGGCGGGAGAGCUCGCAGGGUGCGAGGGCGAGGGGCGGCCGGCCGGGCAGCAUGAGUCAGCAGCGGCCGGCGCGCAAGCUGCCCAGCCUGCUCGUGGACCCGGCGGAGGAGACGGUGCGCCGCCGCUGCCGAGACCCCAUCAACGUGGAGGGCCUGCUGCCAUCAAAAAUAAGGAUAAAUUUAGAAGAUAAUGUACAAUAUGUGUCCAUGAGAAAAGCUCUAAAAGUGAAGAGACCUCGUUUUGAUGUAUCACUGGUUUAUUUAACUCGAAAAUUUAUGGAUCUUGUCAGAUCUGCUCCUGGGGGUAUUCUUGACUUAAACAAGGUUGCCACAAAACUGGGGGUACGGAAGCGAAGAGUGUACGACAUCACCAACGUCUUAGAUGGCAUCGAUCUGGUGGAAAAAAAGUCCAAGAACCAUAUUCGAUGGAUAGGAUCUGAUCUUAGCAACUUCGGAGCAGUGCCCCAGCAGAAGAAACUGCAAGAGGAGCUUUCCGACUUAUCAGCGAUGGAAGACGCUCUGGAUGAGUUGAUUAAGGAUUGUGCUCAGCAGUUGUUUGAGUUAACGGAUGACAAAGAAAACGAAAGACUAGCGUAUGUGACGUAUCAAGAUAUUCACAGCAUUCAGGCCUUCCAUGAACAGAUCGUAAUUGCAGUUAAAGCUCCGGCAGAAACCAGGUUGGAUGUUCCUGCUCCCAGAGAAGACUCUAUCACGGUGCACAUCCGGAGCACCAAAGGCCCUAUCGAUGUUUACUUGUGCGAAGUGGAGCAGGGCCACUCGAGCAGUAAAGGGUCUAAAGUGUCGGACGGGGCGGGGGCCUCUUCAUCUAAAAGCAAACGUCCCGGACCCCCUGAGAAAGAAGAAAAGACUCCGCAGCAAAGCGAAGAGCUGCUUGAAGUGAGCAACUGAUGGCACGAGCGGGUCACGUGUCGCGGCCUCUCGGCACAUCCCUUGUGGACGGAUUCGCGUCCGAGGGGGUUCUCGGAGCAAUAACCGUCCUUGCUCCCCAGUUAGUGGCAGCAGCGAGACCGUCGCACCUCCGAGCAGUGCACCGCUUGGACGACUGGGUACUUGGGGUUCCUGCACUUGAAAACACCUCCUUUUAUAAUCAUGCACUCCUUUUUGUCAGCGAAGUAGACGUCCUGCCUCCUGAAAUGACGGAAUCGCAGAGUAUCAUUGAAACAGCGCGCAGGCUGGCCGGACGUUUCCUCGUGGACGCUGCCCUGUGCCGCCCGGAUCAUGUGUUGUUAUCACAAAAGAAGUGGCCUUACACGGGUUCCUGUCUGCAAUAGAUGGGUGUCCACGUGCAUCCGGAUGUGA